UAUUGUGUUUGUAUUUUAAACACAUGAUUUACGGAGUGGAAAGGGUUUGCGUUGAUUAACAUCAAGAUGUCAUCAAGGAGCAGCUAUAGUCGUGUCUUACUUGUGACAGUUAUGCUAAUUGUUUCCGUACAUUGUGAGUUUCAUACUUUGGCACAUUUGAAACCUCAGGCAAACGACAAGACACAGAGAAGAGCAGUGGUCGAACUUCUCAAACGUCUAAUGGGAAGCAGAUCUCGAGAGUUCAUUGUAUUAGUCAAUAGAUCUCUUUCCAAUGACAGUCUGGAUGUGUGCGAGCUCAGAUCUGCUAAAAACAAUAAAAUCGUUGCUACAGGCAGCACGGGUGUUGCUGUUGCUUCUGGAAUCUACAACUACUUGAAAUAUUUUUGUAACUGUCACGUAUCCUGGUCAGGUAACCAGUUAAAUAUUCCACAUCCUUUGCCCCAGCUCACCGGCGUGCUGCGCAUCAGCACUCAGCACAGAUUCCGGUACUACCAAAAUGUAUGUACUGUGAGCUACUCCACUGUGUGGUGGGACUGGCCACGAUGGCAAAGGGAAAUCGACUGGAUGGCACUUAAUGGCAUCAAUCUUCCAUUGGCAUUUACUGGACAGGAGGCGUUAUGGCAAGAGGUGUACCGAUCGCUGGGUUUGAACCAGACUGAAAUCGACCACUUCUUCUCUGGCCCUGCUUUCCUUGCUUGGAACCGUAUGGGGAAUCUGUUCCAGUGGGGUGGACCCAUACCACAGUCCUGGCACGUGAAGCAGCUCUACCUCCAAUUUAAAAUCCUAGAGCGAAUUAGGUCCUUUGGUAUGAUUCCUGUCCUACCUGCCUUCUCAGGGAACGUGCCUCAGGGCAUCACCAGGUUGUUUCCAACUGCAAAUGUGACCAAACUAGGGCCCUGGAGUCAUUUCAACUGCAGCUACUCUUGUGCCUACAUCCUGGAUCCCCGUGAUCCCCUUUUUCUUCAAAUUGGCUCUUUGUUCUUGUCGCAAGUCAUGAAGCAGUUUGGGACAGAUCACAUAUACAAUACAGACACCUUCAAUGAGAUGACUCCACCCUCUUCUGAUCCUACCUAUCUGUCCGCCGUCAGCCGUUCUGUCUUUGCUUCUAUGACCUCAGUGGAUCCCCAAGCCAUUUGGCUCAUGCAGGGCUGGCUAUUCUUCAGUGAUGCAUCUUUCUGGAAACCUGCCCAGAUUCAGGCCCUUCUGAAUGGGGUGCCAAUUGGACGGAUGAUAGUACUGGACUUGUUUGCGGAAUCCACGCCAAUUUUUUCCUACACCAAGUCCUUCUUUGGCCAGCCGUUUAUUUGGUGCAUGCUCAACAACUUUGGAGGCAACAGUGGGCUCUUUGGCACAGUGGACAGCAUCAACUUUGGGCCGUUCGAGGCUCUCAACUUCCCCAACUCCACCCUGGUUGGUCUCGGUCUGGCACCUGAGGGCAUUGAGCAGAACCCUGUAAUCUACGAGCUGAUGAGCGAACUGGCUUGGCGCAAACAGCCCGUCAACCUGGCCAAGUGGGUGUCACUGUACGCAACCCGUCGCUAUGGCAGCACUCAUGAGAACCUGGCAGCUGCUUGGAAGCUCCUCUUCAGAAGCAUCUACAACUGCACUGUCCCAAACUACAGGAACCAUAACCACAGUCCAUUGGUGCGCCGGCCUUCAUUACGCAUGAACACAGAAGUUUGGUAUAACCGUACGGACCUCUACGAGGCCUGGAGACUGCUGUAUCAGGCUGCGCCCCCCCUUAUGACCAAGGAGACGUUUCGAUAUGAUCUGGUGGACAUUACCAGACAGGCCAUGGAGGUCCUUACCACAGAGUUCUAUAUCGAUAUAAAAAACGCCUACCAGGGUCAGAAGUUGCCGGAACUACUUACAGCUGGUGGUGUUCUGGUGUACGACCUCCUCCCAGAGCUGGACCGCCUUCUGUCAAGUGACAGUAACUUCCUGCUUGGAACAUGGCUGGAACGAGCACGCUCCCUGGCCUUGAAUGAAGCUGAGGCACAGCUUUAUGACAUGAAUGCUAGGAACCAGAUCACCCUGUGGGGUCCUGAUGGCAACAUACUGGACUAUGCUAACAAAGAGUGGGGUGGUCUGAUGGAGGACUACUAUUCUCAGCGCUGGAGUCUGUUUGUCAACACCUUAGUGGAGUGCAUGGACAGGGGAAGACCCUUCAGACAAGAUUCUUUUAACAAGGCUGUCUUCCAGGUUGAGAAAGGCUUUGUUUUCAAUGGCAGGAAAUACCCAUCCAAACCUCAUGGGGAUACCUAUGAGAUUGCUACCAGGAUAUUCCUCAAAUAUUACCCACAGGCCUUGAAGAGACUAUAGGGAGUUUACAGACAGACUAUCUCAUGUCACAGCAAGAAGAAUGUCUCCCCUCCUCCCAAUAGGUCUGCAGUGGAAAUGCAUCACAAUCUCUUUUCUGAUAGUAAAAAUGUGGCAAGUUGACUUUUAAGCACAUCGUACACUUCACUAUGAGGAAGAGUUUGAUUUGUGAAUUAUAAAUCACAAUAGGCCGUCACAAUAUUGACUAACUUGGUAUAGACUACUCUAAGGAACACAGCAUUAGGUUGCACAUUGUCCAGGAGAGAAAUACGGUUGCAAAAAAGAGCAGGAAACCUUUUAAAUGAAUCACCUUUUAUUUUUUUACUUUAAUGCCUACAUUUAAAAUGUUUCUUCCCAUCUACACAGAAUGCACCAUAUUAACAAAUGUAAUAAUAUAUUAACAAAAUAUCUGCUAUAAAAAGAAGAUAGUUCAUUCAAACAUUUUAUUUCAGACUCACAAGAGCAUGGCAACAUGUGCAUAAAUGUGAACCUCUGAGUAAUUGUACAUUACGGUAGUUUGGUAUUUGUCAAUAUAUGCAAUACAUGUUUAGCCAAGAGUAAAAGCUCAAAAUUAAAUACCAGGGGUGAUUAUGUUGAGUCAAAGACUUCCAAGAUGUCAAUGUAUGCAAUACAUGUUUAGCCAUCUUGGAAGUCUUUGACUCAACAUAAUCACCCCUGGUAUUUAAUUUUGAGCUUUCACUCUUUCAAGCCGAUACUACAUUGUGAUACUACACCCAUGAAACAUUUGAAUGUAACUAUACUCUGCUCUUAAUUAUUCUGAAACAUUAUGGUAUUAAAAAGGUGAAUUAUAUUCCAGGUUUCUUAAGUUAGUGUUUUCAGGACCAAAUGUCAAUACUGCAUUGCCGUCAUCCUUUUGAUUGGUCUAUGACUAUGUUGAUAAGAAACCCCUGAAAUGUACAUAGGUGUCUAUAUGCAGUUGAAUUUUUACAGGCAUGUAGGCAAAUGACUUGUAAAUAGCUGUUUUCCAUCCCAGUUUUUUUUUACUAAAACCUUCUGAUGUGUAGUUUUAAAUGUGGGAAAUGUUACACUGAACUACAACCUAAUGUGUGUAUUGUGGUAGACACUAUAUUUACACAAUACAAUGUAUCUGUCAAUGACUUCAACACAACUAGAAAAGGUACUGUGUGCAAUGGGAUGUGCAAAUCUGAACAAUGAUUUUGAAUAAAUGCUAUUUUUGUAUUUUGAUAAAUUAAUCAAA